AUGCAUCUGCCCUCCGAGAUUCCGAGUCAAGAGCAUCAUGCUCUACAAGGAGUUCGCGCACUGCUCAGAAAAGCAGAUCGGCCCCGCCGCCGCUGUCACCCAUUGACCAGGCCAUCCAGAGAGAACUCAUCGGAGAGGGCAUUGCUCUGGACGAGGUCGUGGCCAACAAACGCUCUUCGGGCUGGGCUGUCCGGCAAAGGCAAGCACAGCGCAACGACCUGGGCCACUUCUGCUAUGGUUGUGGGCAGCCUCUAA